GGUUCAACCAACUCUGGAGUCUAACCCUGAACUCUGAGUUGAUCUACUCUGAGACAGGAAACUCUGAGUUACGGGUUUCAGAACAGGUGAUUUCAAUUGGUUCAAUCAACACAGAGUUUGUUCACUCUGAGUUAAGCGCGUGCACCACGACUUUAAAAAGCCCUGAUCAAUGGAGCCCCGUUCCCUCGAUUCACCAUGGCAACGAGUGAUAAGAAAAGAUCGUCAUAUUUCAGUCCUCUGGAACUGGAUAUAUUAAUGCGGUCAUACGGCGAAUUUGAAAGCAACACGGCUGCAGCAGCGAAAGAACGCGAGUCGGCGUGGGAGAAGAUUACUGCUCGAGUCAAUGCAUGUAAUCCCACCGGCGAAAAAAGAACGUGGAAGCAGCUGAAGAUGAAAUAUAAAAACAUUGUUCAAACAGCCAACAGAAAGCGGGCAUCUGCCCGCAAAACUGGCGGAGGACCACCCCCACCACGUCUGACCGAGGCAGAGGAGCAGGCCAUGAGUCAGACUGUCGGGAGGCCAGUCGCAGAGGGGAUCCCUGGAGGAACCUCAUCCUCGGACAUGAUUACACAGGAGCCACCAGCCUUGAUAAGAUAUUCUGAAGGCGUACUUGGUCUAGUGGAUCCAUGUGCCACUUUAACUGAUGAUGAAGAUGAUGGGACCACAAUGUCUGCUGCCUUCUCUGUGGUGUCUGAGAGGGAGCCCGAGAGGCCUACAGAGAGCAUGGCUGGGCAGCAGGAAGAGGGUCCCUCAACCUCCACAGCACAGAUUGACACACUACCACUAAAAGAAAUCUACAAAGUGCAUUUAUUAAAAACAGUACAAAAAACAGAAAACGAAAUGGUGCUGCUGGACCGCCAGAUAACUAAAACGGAUCUGGAAAUUGAAUUAUUAAAACACAAGUUAGAGGUGGGUGCAUGGUCAUAGGUGAAUUGUGUUGAUGAUUGUAACAAUUAAAAAGUAAGAAACCAUUUUUUUUUCUUAUUUGUAGGAAAUAAAGAAGACCAAAUACAAAUUUUUUUGUCUUUCUGUUUAUUUUACUGCUGUUGGUGAUGGUGAUCCAAACUGGCUUUAAACACGCACGGCAAUGAAUGAAUCACACCGUGUGUAGCGUAAGAGGGCGGAGACAGAAAGAAACUCGAGGUUCAUUGAAGAAAACCUGGUCCCGACCAGGUUAUGUUCACAGAGUCUGUUGCCAUAGUAACUGACACCGAGGUUAAGUUACCUCUCUCUGUGAAACAGGCUGGAGUUACUCCUCUGUCUCUGGUUUGACUUACCUCCCUUUUUGAAACGGAAAACUCAGAGUUUCCCUCAUUUCAGGGUUAACAUACUCCGAGUUUUCACUUAAGCUGCUUUGUGAAACGGGGCCCUGUUGGUUAUGAGGGCGGGGUGUUGUCGACGUGGGCUUUUGUUGUUCCUUCACGGUCUACGUUCUUUGCACUCGGGGUCUAAAUUUUGGGUAGAGGACAAUGGGGUGGCCGCCCCCAUUGAUCUGCUUCAUGCAGUCACGGUGCGCGAGAGGUUUGCCACCGCUCUGCUUUGCCAUGCUGUUUUCUUGACCUUUCCCCGGUCAGUUAGCGGCCUUGAUGGGGGUGUUUCGCAGUUGAUUGGGUUGUGCGCUGUUGGUUAUGGGGCCCGAUGGGUUUUUGCCGUGGGCUUUUGUUGUUCCUGGAGCAGAUAAAGAAGAGUGGUCAGUACGGGGGUGAACCCAUGACCGUGGCUUUAUUAGCACCACGCUCUGAUCAACUGAGCUAAUCGACCACAGGACACCAUUGCAUCAAAUGUUUCCAGCUAAAAUCGACUAACUCAUCCUUAACAGACCGCAUUCUCCGUGCCAUGCUGUUUUCUUUACCUUUACCUGGUCGGUUGGUUGCCUUGAUGGGGGUGUUUCGCAG